GUGGAAUUCUCAUGGCCACCAGUUCGCGUGCACCGACGCUCGAGAACGGUCAAACUUAUUGCUCGCUCGUUUUAUUAUCGACGCUAUUUUCGUGCGCGCCGCUCGAUUGAUAAGUCAAACUACCCUUGCGCUUUGUUAGCGACGCACGCUCGCUGCCGUACUAUCAAUUUAACUGUAUUGGCUCGCGCACAACAGUCGCGUAUAUUCGAAUUAUAAUUGUAAAUAGUCGCUACUCGGUGUGUCGGAUGAGUGAAUUUUUGAAGUGUCAGUGGGAGCGCGAGAGCGAGGCCGGCGCGGGCGCUAUGGAAAGCUGUUACAAACUGUACACAUGGAUCAAUCACACAGUGUUGAUGUUGCUAUUCCAGAUAUUCUGGAAAGUCAGCCAGAUAUCGGACUACUUGAAAGGAAAGUCCUUGGCUGAGCCGCAAGGUAACAACGUGGUGACUUUCACUCCUUUAACAAAAGAAUCAAAAUACAGAAGACACAUCAGAUCUAUGUCGGACGUACAAAGCAGUACACCAUACAGACUACCUUAUAGAUCAAGGAAGGGCAGCACUCACAUGCUGAUGUACGACUCCGACACAAGAACCAGGAGAAUUUUAUCCAGGCACAGAUACUAUGAUUCCUCAGACUCCAGCGAUUGUUGUGAAUCGCCCAUGAAAUUAAGAAGUUUGGGACACAAUAUCAUGAAACACACGGAUUCCAUGAGAAUAUUGUAGAAGUAAAAGAUCUGAUACAUCAACGAGGCUGUACAAUCUAGUUUCACGCUAGAUCGGAAUCACGUCGGGAUAUCAGGAAAAGUAAUAAAGUUGGAACAAUGAAAAGACAUGCUUUCAACCUAAGAUGAAUAUUGGACUGUUUUGCACCAAAUUAUAGUUAAUUUUAAGUAGUAGACGAAAAUAUAUUUUUGUUGGAUAUUUAUGAGAAAUUAUACACAGUGCUUUGUUUGAUAUAACCAUCUUAGUGUAAAUAAGAAAAUUAUUAUGAGAGAGAAAUGAAUUUUACCAAAACAAUGUACUUGUACCCAGCGUGAUUCGAUGCGAACAGACUUUUAGUGUUUUCCUUUAUGAGACUGUGAUUCAAAUAGUAGUAGUAUGGUUAGAAUAACAGCUAACUAAUAGGUAGCUUGUACGAUAGAUUUAAGGUUCAUUUUGGAAUUAGUUAUUGACUAAUAUUAUUUGAUAGUGACGAUGGUGCGAUCUGAAUAACGGCGUCUCCAUUACCGCCAAUUUUUAUCACAUUAAUAAAUAUAUUUAAUUUUAAUACGUUUCUAGAGACACUGGAUAAAUUGUAUUUUUUUAUUUACCAAAAAAAAAAUAAACAAUAUUGAUAACAUAAAUACAGAUCGCACUAUUUGCUAAAAAUAAAAAGGCCAUAAAUUUACUAACAAACAAGUCAUUACCACUUUGUAUAUAGACAUCUUUAUUAUGUAUAUUUUGAUAAUGUUAAAAAAUAGGAAUAGAUUUUUUCUUAUAUUAUUUUUAAAAUACGACCAUAUUUAUAAUAAUGCAAGCUGGAAUAUUUUGUAAGCUCACAGAUAAAAUCAAAAUUAUUACUUAAUUAACAUAAAAAAAUCAGCUAAGUAAUUGUUUAUAGUUUUUGCCUGUUAUUAUGCAAUAUGGUUAUAUUAUAAACUUGAAUGUAUUUUAAAAUAAGCUAAUUGACUGAAUAAAAACAUAAUCUCGGACAUCAUAAUUGAGAACUAAAAUAUUCUAUAUAUAUAUCAGAAAACUACAUUGAAAAUGCCAGAUUAUAUUAUCACAUUAUCUUAUUGGUAUUAAAAAUGAUAAGGCGGCUUAGCAUCUAAUGUCUCAGGGUUACGGCUGCAGUGCAGUGCCGUGCUCAGUGUUUUGAAAUUUGGAAUUCUGAGUGCUAUUCCUACUGUCUAUUAUAAUAAGUACCUUCCUGAGUCGUGUUAAUGCUUACCAAUUUAUCGAGUCAGCGGUUUACUCGUCUCAUUAAACAUUGCAUUUUUUUUUAAAUAUUAUUGACUAUCGUAAUGUAAAUAAACAUGUGGUUAAUCAACAGUCUAUGAGAUUAUUUUUUUAUUUUGAUAUGAGGCAUCUGUAAGUUUGCAUCAAUGUUAGUGGAGACAGCAAUCUGAAUAAAUAAACGCUAAAACCAUUUGCUUUAUAUCUUCCCUUUAUGUUUAUAAGUUGUAAUAAUAUUAAUUGUUCAGUACAUUGUAUAAUUGUCUAAUUGUGAGGUGCUAAAUGGACACCGAUAGAAUAAUACGCCGAAAAUGUGAUAGGUAGCACUAAUUAGAUUAUACUUUUGUUAUUUAUUAAAAUAAACAUUCUGUCGUGAAAUGAAUGUAAAUAAAAGGAUGUUCGUUUA